AUGCAUAUUUUUUUUAUAUCAUUCUUUCUUUCUUUCUUUCUUUCUUUCUUUCUUUCUUUCUUUUGCCUUUUAUUCUUUGUUUUUAUUUUCUUUUUAUUUCUUAUUCCUGUUCUACAUUUAUCUUUCUUUUUUCUUUAUUCUUUUGCCUUUUAUUCUUUCUAUUUCUUUCUUUCUUUUUAUUACUUUUUUGCAUACUACAUCUUUCUUUCUUUUUCUUUCUUCGUUUCUUUUGCCUUUUACUCUUUCUAUUUCUUUCUUUUUAAUACUUUUCUCGUUCUUCAGGUUUUUUCUUUCUUUUGCCAUUUACUAUUUCUCUUUAUUUUCUUUCUUUUUAUUACUUAUUCUCAUUCUACAUCUUUCUUUUUUUUCUUUUUUCUUUUGUCUUUUAUUCUUUUAUUUAUUUUCUUUCUUUUUAUGAUAUUUUUAUAUUCUACAUUUUUCUUUCUUUUUCUUUCUUUAUUUUGCCUUUUACUCUUUCUAUUUACUUUCUUUUUAUUACUUUUCUCAUUCUACAUCUUUCUUUCAUUUUCUUUCUUUUUUCUUUCUUUCUUUCCUUCUUUCUUUCUUUCUUUCUUUCUUACUUUCUUUCCUUCUUUCUUUCUUUCUUUCUUUCUUUCCUUCUUUCUUUCUUCUUUCUUUCUUUCUUUCUACUUACUUUCUUUUUAUUUCCUUUUCCUAUUUUACAUCUUUGUUUCUUUUUGUUUCUUUCUUUUGAUUUUUAAUAUUUCUAUUUACUUUCUUUUCAUUACUUUUUUACAUUCUAUAGAUUGCUUUCUUUCUUUCUUUCUUUCUUUCUUUCUUUUUCCUUUUACUCUUUCUAUGAUCUUUCUUUUUAUUAAAUUUUUACAUAUUCUAUAUCUUUCUUUAUUUUUUCUUUAUUUUUUACUGUCUCUAUUUACUUUCUUUUCAUUACUUUUUUACAUUCUUUAUUUCCCUUCCUUUUUUCUUUCUUUCUUUCUUUCUUUUGCCUUUUAUUCUUUCUAUUUACUUUUUAUUACUUUUUUACAUUCUUCUUCUUUCUUUCUUUCUUUUUCCUUUUCUCUUUGUAUUUUCUUUCUUUUUAUUGCUUUUUCACAUUCUAGCGAUGAGUGUGAUUAUUUCUUCUAUUCUUUCUCUGUAAUUUUCACUCCUUCUCUCCUCUCCCGCUCUUCCCCCCCUCCCCUCUCUCUCCCCUCUCUCUCCCUCUUCUCUCUCUCUCUCCUCUCUCUCUCUCUCUCUCUCUUAAUGAGAAUUUCUCUCUCUCUAUCUAUCUAUCUAUCUAUGAAUUCUUAUAUCUAUCUAUCUAUCUAUCUAAGAGUGUUUAUCUAUCUCAAAGUGUUGAUAUCUAUCUAUCUAAGAGUGUUUAUAUCUAUCUCAGUGCUUAUAUCUAUCUAUGUAUCUAAGAGUGUUUAUAUCUAUGUAUCUAUCUAUCUAUCUAAGUGUUUAUCUAUCUCUAAAGUGUUUAUAUCUAUCUAUCUAUCUAUCUAUCUAUCUAUCUAUCUAAGAGUGUUUAUAUCUAAGAAGUUUUUAUAUCUAUCUAUCUAUCUAAGAGUGUUUCUAUCUAUCUAUCUAUCUAUCUAUCUAUCUAAGAUGUUUAUAUCUAUCUAUCUAUCUAUCUAUCUAAGAGUGUUUAUAUCUAUCUAUCUACAGGUGGUUAUAUAUAUACACACAUAUCUAUCUAUCUAUCUAUCUAUCUAUCUAUCUAUCUAUCUAUCUAUCUAUGUACUUAUAUAUCUCUCUCUUUCUCCCUUUCUUCUUUUUCCCCAUUUGUUUUCCCCAUUCUUCAUAUUGCCAUUCUUAUAUCUAUCUAUCUAUCUAUCUAUCUAUCUAUCUAUCUAUCUAUCUCACUCUGUUAAUAUCUAUUUAUCGAUUGAUCGAUCUUUUUACCUCGUUUUGCUAAUUUUCAUCUAUCUAUCUAUCUAUCUAUCUAUCUAUCUAUCUAUCUAUCUAUGUUUUCUUUGCACGGGUCCAUGUGCGCUAGUUAUUAAAGCCACGACUCUAGUCGUUAUAUUCCCAAACUUCAUCGAUUUCCGGGCGUAG